AUGGUCUCGGGAGUAGCACGCCGUGUGCUGCUCCCACGUCUCGCCGAGUCCUCGCAAGUGUCUCUGGCCGCAUCGCGAAUUCAAUUGGGGCCUUCAUUAUACAAGCCCGAAGCUUCACCUCUUCAGACAAGGCUUUUCCACGCUUCUGGCCCUCACCAACCCGCCCUGCCUCCGUUCUCAAUCGCUGCCUUCCAAACACCAGCAAACAAGAAUAUAUCCCAUACCCGACGUCCCCUGGCACAAAUUCGAUCUUCUACAUGCGGUCCGUUUUCGCACGCCCUGCGGCAAUUUUCAACAGCCCCUCGUUUACUCCAGGAAAUCCAGACCAAGGUCGAAGAAGGCGCCAAGAAACCUGUCGAGCUUGAGACCAAUCGAAAUAUUGAGGAUGAGCAAAAGCAAGAAUUCACCAAGAGCGAAAAGGCUGCCAAGGCUGCUCAAGUCAACCUAGCUGCCAAACUCUCAAAGGAGGGAAAGCAGGCUGGAAAAGCUGGUUCAGCCGAAAUUGUACGGCUCAUCAAAAUUGCCCGUCCGGAAAUCCGCUGGCUCGGUAUUGCUUUUGUCUUCCUGGUUGUUUCCUCUAGUGUCACCAUGUUAAUCCCCUUCUCCGUUGGUCGAAUCUUGGAUCUUGCUACCAAAGGUGAAUCUGAGGAUGUCCGUCUGUUUGGCUUAACUAUGAACCAGUUCUUCUUUGGCUUGGGUACUGUCUUGACUAUUGGAGCUAUGGCCAACUUUGGUCGAGUCGUCCUUCUCCGAAUUGUCGGCGAACGUGUCGUUGCCAGACUCCGUUCCCAGCUUUAUCGACGUACAUAUGUCCAAGAUGCCGAAUUCUUCGAUGCGAACCGUGUGGGUGAUCUCAUCUCACGCCUCAGCUCUGAUACUGUUAUCGUUGGCAAGUCUGUGACGCAAAAUCUCAGUGAUGGUCUUCGAGCCCUCUUCAGCGGUGGUGCUGGUUUUGCCAUCAUGGUCUGGACAAGCCCUCAGCUGACUGGUUUAUUGCUACUUAUGUUCCCGCCAAUUGCUGUUGGAGCCUUCAUCUAUGGUCGAGCUAUUCGAAACAUCAGCAGGUCAAUCCAGAGGAACUUGGGAACUCUAACUAAGAUUGCCGAGGAACGACUUGGCAACGUCAAGACCAGUCAAGCGUUCGUAGGUGAGGUGCAAGAAAUUGGCCGCUACAACAACCAGAUCCGAAAGAUCUUUGCUCUUGGUAAAAAGGAAUCGCUUAUCGCUGCUACCUUCUUUGCUUCCACUGGCUGGGCCGGCAACAUGACGAUCCUUGCUAUGCUUGUUGUUGGAGGUGGUUUCGUGCGCAGCGGGGCCAUGUCGCUUGGAGAUCUAACGUCGUUCAUGAUGUACACUGCUUUUGCAGGUUCAAGUCUAUUCGGUCUUUCGGGUUUCUACUCGGAACUCAUGAAGGGAGUUGGUGCCGCAAGCCGACUUUUCGAACUUCAGGAUCGCAAACCUGGAAUCCCGCAAACGGUCGGUGUUCAAGUAAAGUCUGCACAAGGUCCUAUCAGAUUCUCAGAUGUCACUUUUGCCUAUCCUACUCGACCAGCCGUCAAAAUCUUCAACGGGCUGGAUUUCGAGAUCCCUUCAGGCAGCAACGUAUGUGUUGUUGGUCCAUCAGGAGGUGGUAAGUCAACAGUGGCUUCUCUGCUUCUAAGAUUCUACAACCCUGUGUCGGGCUCCAUCACCAUCAACGGACAGGACAUCUCUGGUAUGAAUGUCAAGUCAUUGCGAAGGCGAAUUGGCAUGGUUUCACAGGAACCUGUCCUUUUCUCUGGAAGCAUUGCCGAAAACAUUGCCUACGGAAGGCCUCAAGCGAGUCGUUUCGAUAUCAUUUCCGCUGCUCGACAAGCAAACUGCAACUUUAUCAGCGAUCUGCCUGAUGGUUUAGAGACCCAGGUCGGUGCUCGCGGCUCUCAACUUUCCGGUGGUCAGAAGCAGCGAAUCGCUAUUGCGCGAGCUCUUCUUAAGGACCCUGAUAUUCUAAUUCUCGAUGAAGCCACAUCAGCGCUAGAUGCCGAGUCAGAGACUCUUGUCAACGAGGCUCUGGCUGGUCUUUUGCGUGGCCGUAACACUACCAUCUCGAUUGCUCACCGUCUCUCCACUAUCAAGCGAUCCGACCAGAUCAUCGUUCUCAACAACGAGGGUAAGGUCGCCGAAAUUGGCAGCUACAGGCAACUCGCUGCCGACAAGGAGAGCGCGUUCAGCAAGCUCAUGGAGUGGCAGAUGAGCGGUGGUGAGGUUUCCAAGGAAAGCGGAUCGACUGCUUCACGGGCACAUAUUACCGAGGCCGAGGAGCUUGAGGACGACCUGGAGAGAGGUGAAGAGGAGGAGGAGCAAUUCGACGAGCAUGACCAAGAGAACAGGGACGCCAAGAGCGAGGAGAAGAAACCCUGA